UAUAACUGAUUCAGGAUGAAGACUUCAGCUUCAAUUACAGUGGCGUUACGGGUCACAGUACACCGGAUCACAAACAGCACUGAUCCAUUCUCGCCAACUGUUUUCUUCUACAAGUGGAAAAUACCUUCAGGUGGGGGUAACGAACUGGUAGAGUAUAUAACCGCGUGUCUGAAGGUCCUUGGUCAUGGGUCAAGUUUUCGAACAACCAGCAACAACAUGAAAUCCUGCCUUGUUUUUCUCUUCGCGUUGGGGCUUACCUCCGCCACGGAAACCACCGUCAAGAAGCUCACUGUUUUCGGUGUUCCAGGAGUAUCGUCCACGUCGGACACUGUCGGGUCCUCAUUUUUCGGCUUGAAGUCUGUUUACCCGUACAGCAUCCCCGUAUCAGCAAAUCCUUUCAUCCCAUACAACAUUUACUACCCAUUCGUGCCCAACGUACUUCGCAGUGACUUCCAAUCCGUUCCUAUCAGUAUUCGUGACGUUUAUAACAAACCCGUCACGAUGAUACUGAAAUCAAAGUCGGGAGUUGAAGGGCUGACAGCCUAUAUCUUGGAGAACGGGCUCUCUUCAUUGGCAGAGAACCCUGAAACCAAAUUCAUUCACGACCUGAUAAAGACCGGCUCUGAGAAGACUGCAGUCGUGGUACAACCCACUGUGCUGUCCAACACCCCUGCUUUCAGGAUCCUGAAGGACAUGUCUGUUGUUAAGCUUGAGGUUCCCUCUGGAAUCAAGUUCUCGAACCUAGUUAAUGUCAUCAGCACCAACAUGCCUUUCGUAUUCAUCCAUGACAAGGAAGACGUAAGCACUUUUGAAUCUGAAGGCUUGGUAAAAGUUGGAAGCUUGGAUAUCGCAGAUGAAAAAGUGGUCUGCGCGUCAUGCUUUUAAAUACAAGAAAUUUUGUCCAUAUUCACAACAACAUACUCUUGAAUUCAAUAGCAUUCCGUACGCUUUAUUGCAAAUAGAUAUAAAUAAUCAGAGCAUAUCUUUCUGACUUAAAAUAACAAGUCAGCUCCCUUUCGUGUUCAGAAAUGUGUUUCAGAUAUCAGCAUUUUACCAUGUUUCUGUGAAACAUUAAUUCUGAUGUUCAGCCACUUAAUACCAGCUAUUAAUCAAAAUGCUUAUCAUCUAGUCUGAGCCCUGACUGAAUACCUUAAGCGGUAAAAUAUGUACAGAUUCUGAUAUAAAUUGCUGAGUAAAAUUUAUUUUACGAUGUAAUAACAAAUACAAAAUAUCCAAGAAUUGCCCUUCAUAAAAUGACAAGAAACAUCUGUAUCACUAUUCCCACAUUUCAUCAGCAUUGUAAUACGUGGAUCUGGUAAAGUCUGAAUUAUCAAUGACUAUAUGUUCGAUUCCAAUUCAUAAACUGUUCAAUAUUUGUGAAUAUAAUAAAUGUACUUGAUGGACUUUUGAAAUAAAAUUAUACCUUGCA